AAAAUCCACAUGAUCAUCAAAAGUCAUGGAAGUUAUCCAACUGGACAAAGUUCAAUAGUCGGUACAUUUUAAAAAGCUGCUGGGGAGUGCGCUAGUGUUUACAGUUAAUCUGGUAUUUGUACAAAAUUUUGAAAAAUGUCGACCUUACGACUGUUUGGAGUUUUAUCGAAAAUAUCCCGCACUAACAUCAGUUUCAGUCGUGCAGCCCAAAUUCGCUGCAUGGCUUCACAAGAAAGAAAGCACGCAAAACUCAAAGUUGUUGAUAAUGUAGGAGUUAUAGUCUUGGACUCCCCGGGGGUCAAAGUGAAUUCGUUAAACGCCGAAGUCAUGGGCGAAUUUGGUUCCAUUCUGCACGAAAUCGAAUCCAACCCCCAGAUCCAAGCUGCAGUAUUAAUUUCCGAUAAACCCGGUUGUUUCAUUGCUGGAGCUGACAUCAGCAUGCUUCAACAGUGCAAAACGGCCGAAGAAACGACAAAUAUAUCUCGCGAAGGUCAAGAAAUGCUCACCGCCAUUGAACAAAGUCGAAAACCCAUCGUUGCCGCCAUCCAAGGUGCUUGUCUGGGCGGAGGGUUGGAAGUCGCGCUUUCCUGCCACUACAGAAUAGCGGUGAAAGACAAAAAAACUGGACUGGGUCUUCCGGAAGUGAUGUUGGGGCUUCUUCCGGGUGCCGGAGGCACCCAACGUCUGCCCCGAUUGAUUAAUGUCCCAGAUGCUCUAGACAUGGCUCUCACGGGAAAAACGGUGAGAGCCGAUAAAGCGAAGAAACUAGGUGUCGUGGAUUUGUUGGUCGAUCCUCUGGGUCCUGGUUUAAGCGAACCGGAAGUGGUCACGAGGAAGUAUCUAGAGGACGUGGCUAUAGAUAUCGCCAAACAGUUGGCGAACGGGAAAUUGAAGGUUAAUCGUAAGAAGACGGGUGUUGUGGAUCGAUUGCUCGAGUUUGCGUUGCAGUAUAAUUGGGUUAAAGAUCAAAUAUUUGCGAAGGCGAAGGGACAAGUUAUGAAGUUGUCGGGUGGUUUGUAUCCUGCACCUUUAAGGAUAUUGGAAGUUGUACGUGUAGGUCUUGAUAAAGGCAAGAAAGCUGGCUUUGAAGCUGAAGCUAGAGCGUUUGGUGAUCUUGCAAUGACUCCUCAGUCUAGGGGUUUGAUGAAUUUAUUCCGCGGUCAAACCGAAUGUAAAAAGAAUCGAUUUGGUAAACCUUCAAAGCAGGUCAAAACUAUUGCGGUGUUGGGUGCUGGUUUAAUGGGUUCUGGUAUUGCUCAAGUUUCUGUGGAUAAAGGGUACCAAGUGAUUUUAAAAGAUUCGAAUCCUCUUGGUUUGGCGCGUGGUCUUGGUCAAAUCCAGACCGGUCUUGAGGGGGCAGUGAAAAGGAAAAAAGUCACAGGUCUUGAAAGAGACAGAUUUUUAUCCAACCUAGAUGCAACAUUGGAUUACAAAAAUUUCAAAAAGGCUGACAUAGUAAUUGAGGCUGUGUUCGAAGACAUUAAUGUAAAACAUAAGGUUAUAAAAGAAGUAGAAGCUCUUAUAUCACCUGAAUGCGUGUUCGCUACAAACACAAGUGCUAUUCCGAUUACCAAAAUCGCUGCAGCUUCCGCCAGACCUGACAAAGUCAUUGGCAUGCACUACUUCUCUCCAGUAGACAAAAUGCAGCUGCUGGAAAUCAUCACAACCGACAAAACUAGCAAAGAAACAACGGCACUAGCUGUUGAUGUCGGGCUAAAACAAGGAAAAGUCGUCAUAACCGUCGGUGACGGCCCUGGCUUUUACACCACUCGUAUUCUCUCCGCCAUGAUGGCAGAAUCCGUAAGACUGUUACAGGAAGGUGUCGAGCCCAAAGAACUAGACUCGCUAACCAAGAAAUUCGGCUUCCCAGUCGGAGCAGCAACUUUGGCCGACGAAGUCGGCCUGGACGUCGCCUCUCACAUUGGACCUGACCUCCACAAAGCAUUCGGGGAACGAUUCGGAGGAGGUGAUUUGGGCGUGAUGCGCGACAUCGUCCAAGCCGGUUUCUUUGGAAGAAAAUCCGGGAAAGGAAUUUACAUUUAUCAGAAAGGAAGCAAAAACCGGGAUGUCAAUCCUGAAGCUAUAGAUAUAAUCAAACGUUACUCGCUUGAGCCGAAAGGUGCAUUCGAAGAAGAGGAUAAACAGCUGAGGAUGGUUACGAGAUUCGUGAAUGAGGCGGUUUUGUGUUUGGAAGAGAAAAUUUUGGAUAACCCGCUGGAGGGUGAUGUAGGUGCAGUAUUUGGUUUGGGCUUCCCUCCAUUCACCGGUGGACCGUUCCGCUGGGUCGAUGAGUAUGGUGCUGCUAAGUUAGUGAAGAAGAUGGAACAAUUCCAGAAUGCCUACGGUCGGCCUUUCCAACCGGCUCAAACUUUGUUAGAUAUGGCAAAGGAUCCGUCUAAGAAGUUCCAUAGUAAAUAAAUCAUGUAUUAUCGUGUGCCUUAUUCUUCGGCUCUUAUUUUAUUUUGUACUGAGGAGAAUACUAUUUCAUACUUUUUUAAAUUAUAGAAUUAUACAAUAGUGUGUUCAUUGUUAUUGGACUCUUUAAGGUCUAUUUUUCUGUAAAUAAAUUUUAACUUCCUAA